AACAUGGCACGCGCUUUAGUCAAACAGGAAUCUGUCGAGUGGGAGAUGCAGAAGUCAGCAGACCAAAGCAAGACCUUUGUUUACACGAAGAAGAGGGGUUAUGAUGUUACACGCAACCCCCACUUGAAUAAGGGGAUGGCCUUCUCCCUGGAAGAGCGCUUGCAGCUGGGGAUUCACGGCCUGCUGCCUCCCUGCUUCCUCAGCCAGGAUGUGCAGGUAUUGCGGUUCCUCAGAAACUACGAGCUGAAAAAGGAUGACUUGGACAGAUACGUCUUUCUGAUGGGCCUUCAGGACCGAAACGAGAAGUUGUUUUACAGAGUCUUGACCUCAGACAUAGAGAGAUUCAUGCCCAUUGCGUACACACCUACAGUCGGCCUAGCAUGCCAGCAGUACGGCCUUACCUUCAGGAGACCUAGGGGCCUAUUUAUUACAAUUCAUGACCGCUCCCACAUCUCCACACUACUUCAGAGCUGGCCAGAGAAGGACAUUCGUGAACUCCUAAAGGACCCUCUGUACAUUGGUCUGAGGCAUAAAAGAAUACGUGGACAGGCCUAUGAUGAGCUUCUGGAUGAAUUUAUGAAGGCCAUCACAGACAGAUAUGGGGUGAACUGCCUUAUCCAGUUUGAGGAUUUUGCCAACAUCAACGCCUUCCGUCUGUUGAGCAAAUACCGCAACAAGUACCUCACGUUCAAUGAUGACAUCCAAGGUACUGCUGCUGUGGCUGUGGCGGGACUGCUGGCUGCCCUUUGCAUUACCAAGAGCAAAAUGUGCAACCAUACCAUUGUAUUUCAGGGUGCAGGGGAGGCUGCAAUGGGCAUAGCUGAGCUCAUCAUUAUGGCAAUGAAGAAAGAGGGGCUUCCUCGUGAGCAGUGUAUAAAGAAAAUCUGGAUGGUGGACUCUAAAGGACUUAUCGUUAAGGGUCGGGAUCACCUCACCCAUGAGAAAGAGAGGUUUGCACAUGAGCAUGCUCAAAUGAAAAAGCUUGAGGAUGUAGUGAAGGAGCUGAAACCCACCGCUAUAAUUGGGGUGGCAGCUAUCACUGGUGCUUUCACAGAGGAGAUAAUCAAGGCUAUGGCAUCCUUCAAUGAGAGACCUAUAAUCUUCGCUCUAAGCAACCCCACCAGCAAGGCAGAGUGCACUGCUGAGCAGUGCUACACACUCACUGAGGGACGGGGGAUAUUUGCAAGCGGAAGUCCCUUUGAUCUGGUAACCCUUCCCGAUGGGCGGAAGUUCUACCCUGGUCAGGGGAACAACGCUUAUGUGUUUCCUGGAGUGGGACUGGGGGUCACCGCUUGUGCAAUGAGACAUAUCCCUGAGAAUAUAUUCCUCAUUACGGCUGAGGCUAUAGCGGAACUGGUGACCGAGAAGGAUCUUGCAGAGGGGCGUCUGUAUCCUCCUCUCAACAGCAUCCGGGAAGUUUCCAUCAAGCUGGCUGUGAAGAUUGUGGAGUAUGCCUACAAAAACAAAAUGGCAACUCUGCAUCCGGAGCCGCAUGAUAAAGAGGCUUUUGUUCAUUCGCUUAUCUUCAGCACAGACUAUGAAGAGUUUGCAGUGGAUUCGUACAGCUGGCCUGAGAAUGCCAUGGCUGUCCAAACGUGCAAACUGUGACCUCCAAAAUACACAGACCAGAAUGAGAUUUAGAAUAUGACAAUUCUGUUUCUGUUUUAAAUGUGAUUUCUUGACAUGAUUGUAAUACUGAACAGUACUGUAAACAAAAAAAUAUCCUUAAUAAAAUG